GUGACAUAUUAUGACGUGAGAGAACUUAUAUUACCAUUUUCGUAUUUUAUUUUCCUGGAAAUUGCCUCCAAAUCUUAUUAAUUAACGUUAUAAUCGUAAAAAAACAAUUGAUUCUAUACACGUAUCUGACUAUCACAGUUAUGCCUAAGCAUAUGUGUACGCCUGUAAUAGUACGCGAUACAAUUUCCUUGUGAUGACUGUGUUGUUUACAAAUCAGUGAUAUUAUCUUAAAAAGCCAUGGAAGUGAAUCCUCUCAAUAUAUUCUUCGUCAAAUCGGACAGUAAAGGGGACAGAUUAUUGUUCAGAUACCCCUACACAACAGAAAGCAAAGAUGAAGGGACCCAGAAAAAAUGUGGUCGUCACAAUCCCUACGCCAUUAACGCAGCUGAAGACCUGUUGCAAAACCCUCAAUCGCAGACCUCCAACAUAUACAAAGGUCAACUAAGUGGUUUUACAGAUGAAAUGCUUUCAACGCUAUUCGCUGUGAAAGCAGAACUUUGCAACAGGAAGUUCGAACUGAAAGUAAAUGACGUGCGGUUUGUGGGCCACCCGACUCUGCUUCCUUAUCGGACCAAUAAGGAUGAUACUGCUGCGAUGAUAUUGAUUAAUAUUGUCUUUGCUUUAAGAGCUUCGGCAAGUCAUUCUAUAGUUAAAUGUUAUUAUGACUUGAGCAAAAGACUGGGAAAAGCAUUGAGACAUGAGGAAAAAAGAUGUUCGUAUUUGACCGAAGAAAUGAAAAUAAUGCUGGCAGCUCAUGACGAAGUGUCUGCAUUAGAUAGCGAAAUUAACUCAGGAGAAAAUGAUGAGGAGGAGGAAAGUUCACGGAACUCGACCAGUUCUAAUCCGUACUGCAUGGAGAACGGAACUGAAACGGAGCCAAAGUCAGCCUUCCAUCUCAUCUUACAGAGAAGCUCACUGGCGAGAUCUAUGAAAUCCGUCUUUGAGGAAUUAAGUAGUACAGGAAUAGUUCAAGUUCGAAUAAACAAAUGGGUUUUGUUAUCCUUCUGUUUACCACACAAGGCACAUCAGAUACACAACAGGGGUCUUAUUAUUGAACCGGAGACAAUAGACAAGUGCUUGCAGAAGCUCAGGCCUUACCAUGGAAUACUCCUGUUGGUCAACCCAAAUGAGCUCUUAGCAUCUAUUCCACUUGAUGGAAGCCCUGCUCUGCUAAGGCUCAUAAAACUUUACAGUCCACUGAAGAGUCUACAGACUCUUGCUAUUGAAGCCGACUUGUCUUUGACCCAGGUGUUCCAACUGACUGGGCACCUUGUGUAUUGGGCCAAGGCUACAAUAAUCUACCCGCUGUGUGAAGGCAAUGUGUACGUCGUCGCUCCCGGCGCGAACGUUCACAUACACUCUCCGUUAGUCGAAGAGUUUGCCAAAGAAUUCCCUGGGCUGUGCUUGUUGCAGAUGCUAGGCGAGUUCUCCCUCCCCGCUCCCCUAUGGUACGUUUCCCGCGGGGCGGGAGGCGGGUGCGGAGGAUGUGGAGGUGGCGCGCGACUGGCGCGGGUGGUGGCGUGGCUGCUGCAGCGCCGCCUGUUGCUGCAGCUUCAUACUUACGUGCAGUUCAACUCACCGCAUUGGCGCUGGGGACUUGAUACAGACGGUAAAGAAUACUACUGUGAAAAACACAAUAUUUAUAAUCAAUCAAGCAGCGUGUCAUUUUCGUCACUCAAUCAAAUGCAAUUAAAUGUACCUGAACCUGUUGAACCCAGAGACAGCACCAACCAUUUCCCAGAUGCUGAAGUAGACUAUCCUACAGAGAACAAUCUCAACCAGACUGACUUUUCACACACGAAACCUAUAGUUAUCGAAUCUGACCUCACGAAGUACGACAAAUUCCCAGAAAUUGACUCCGCCAAUCAUUCAUUUGAUGAGGGAGUGGACGUUGUUGACGGUGUGAUAAAUACGAGUUUUGUGAAUGGUUUAGACUUUAAAGAUAUGGGGGAAAAAAAGAAAUUGCAUGGCAAUUCCGUAGAUAGCGGUAUAUCCAACAACAUGAAUGGUAACAUUGCUGAGACUAAUGGAAUCAAUGGCCAUGCGGAGCAUGUCAACGGAGAUAUUGACAAACUAGAAGAGAAAACAAAGACUUUGCCGUCAAGGUUAUCAGACUUGUCAUUGAAGGAAACUGAGCAUAUUCUAAAUACGAGUAGCGAUGAUGAUAAGAUCGAAAGUGACCAAGAUGUGUCGCCAAGAUCGAAGUCAAGUGGUAUAGCAAUGAGUGGCGAGAAGAAGAAUGGAGUCUCGUUGAACCUCAAGUUGCAAAGUGAAAUGAGUUUUCAGCAGCCUAUAGUGUGGAGUAUACCGGCGAACUGUGACGUAGUUGACGCCUGCCGAGUACCUCAAGAGCCUCCCACUACUGAGUCAUUGCUGGACACGUUUAACGCCGAAGAACGAGCUGUCCUAACUGCCAUACCUGCUUCCAAGGACACCGAUGAUCUGUUACUUCUUGCUCAGCUUCAUAAAAAAGGCUAUUUCCGCGGUGAGCAGCACCUCGAAGAAAUAAUGUUCAUGGAGAACGUGAGUCGCUCCCAGCUGAUGCAGUUACUCGACAAGUUCAAAGACGUACUCAUCACAUUUGAGACUGAAGACCCAGCUGUAGCUAUGCUGUAUCCGAGCCAAUAAAUAUUUUCAACAUCGCUUACAAAUAUUGCAGUCAGUGGUGUGAAUCUGGAAAACAGCACUCUUUUAACGCUGUAAAUCUAAGGUUAAAAGAGAUUCAUUAAAAACUUUCAACUAUAAAACUAGUUAAUGCCUCUGAAUUUGCAUCAAAAUAGUUAACGUUAUGGUUAUUAUAUCACUCGAAUUAAAAAUCCAAGCUAAGUUGCAAUUACUAGUUUAUGUGCCAUUACUAAAAAAUAGGUUUAGAUUGGUAAGGUAGUAAUUUUUUUUUGUUGUUUAUACUAUUGUAUUUAUUUCGCCAUUACAUAAUUUAUCACUUCAUUAUGUAUCUACGAUGCAUGUUACGUGUUUUUAAGAGCACAAUCAACCCUUAAAAGGAAAUUUAAGUGGUGUUAUCUUUUUAAAAAGGUAAUAGAUUCCUAAUGGCAUACUCAAUUGUUUAAUAAUUCUGAGUUUAUGAGCGGAUAAAACCGCAGAAAGAAAGCUUCAGACAAGACUUGUCUUGUUCACUUAGUGAACAUGAACAAAAACAUUUCAAGUCUUCUAUGGUAAUAGAAGGACAUGCGACUUUUUUAAAUGUGUCGAUUAGAAAAUCAUUUUAGUUUAUACUUUAUUAUUUCCAUUUGCAUAAAAUAAUAUCUUGCCCUGUAUUUGUUCUUCAAAAGUUAGUUAAGAUUUUUGUAUCUGCGCUACUUUUAAAGAUCAUUGCAUCACAUUUACGCAAUAAGACUCAAUAUAGUUAUGUUAUAGUGUCUUGUAUAAUAUGUACUUAGAUAAUACAUUCAAAGGUAGCUUUUAAUUUAAUUUCUAUAUUUAAAAAUGUUCCUAAAUUUUGUUUAAUUAUUUAUAUAAUUUUAGUUAUUGGAAUAGAUGUAGCGAUUGUUAAUAACAAUUUCCGGUUAUUCUAUUGUCAUCUCCUCAUUACACCUACACUUUCUCGCACUCGGAAAUUACUUUCUCUACAUUUCUCCGCCUUUUGUAUUACCUAUUAAUUUCUAUCAUCUAAAUCACUUGAAAACUCUGUGAUAAUUAAUGAGGAUGCAUUAAUUAAUCGCUCAAUAAAUAAUUUAUAAAUGAUGUUUUGAACAAAGACUAGUAA